CCGCUAUAUAAAUUCAACUCCCCCAAGCUCACACCUCCAUCAUGUGCUUCAGCAGUUCAGCUAAGCGAGCCGAGUAGCACCCCUUAAUCACGCAACAGCUGUGCUACCAUUGACGACGUCUUUGUGAGCUAGCAAUGGGUGCUACUACUGUGACCUCCCCGUCUUGCUCCAUAGCAGCUACUAUCGUUGCCUUCCUGGCCGCAGCUUCGCUCUUGGCGGCAUCGGCAGCCUCGCCGGUUCCGGCGGUCUACGUUUUCGGCGACUCGCUCGCCGACGUCGGGAACAACAACCACCUGCUGACGCUGCUCAAGGCGGACUUCCCGCACAACGGCAUCGACUACCCGGGGAAGAAGGCCACCGGCCGCUUCAGCAACGGCAAAAACUUCCCCGACUUCCUAGCUGACAAUCUCGGGCUGGCGACCUCGCCUCCGUACCUCGCCUUGUCCUCAAGCAGCAGUGCCAACUACGUGAACGGUGUCAACUUCGCUUCAGGUGGUGCGGGAGUCUCCAACGCCACCAACAAGGACCAAUGCAUCAGCUUCGACAAGCAGAUCGAGUACUACUCGUCGGUGUACGCAUCCCUGGCCCAGAGCCUGGGCCAGACGCAGGCCGCGGCACACCUAUCCAAAUCCCUCUUCGCCAUCACCAUCUGCAGCAACGACAUCAUCCAUUACACCAAAUCCAGCUCGGCGAACAAGGCCAGCACGCCGUCGCAGCAGUUCGUGGACACGUUGAUCCAGUCCCUCACGGGCCAGCUGCAGCGGCUGUACAACCUGGGCGCGCGCAAGAUACUGUUCCUAGGCACGGGGCCCGUGGGUUGCUGCCCGUCGCUGCGGGAGCUGAGCUCCACUAAGGACUGCAGCGCCGAGGCAAACGACCUCUCCGUAAGGUACAACGCCGCCGCGGCGUCCCUCCUCAGCGACAUGGCCGCGCGCCACCCGGACAUGCACUACGCCCUCUUCGACGCCUCCGCCGCGCUGCUCCGGUACAUCAACCAACCCGCAGCGUACGGGUUCUCCGAGGUGAAGGCGGCAUGCUGCGGGCUCGGGGACAUGAACGCCAAGAUCGGCUGCACCCCCGUGAGCUUCUACUGCGCCAACAGGACGAGCCACGUCUUCUGGGACUUCUACCAUCCCACGGAGGCAACCGCGCGGAAGCUCACUAGCACGGCGUUCGACGGCUCGGCACCGUUGAUCUUCCCGAUGAACAUAAGGCAGCUCAGUGCUAUGUAGGCCAGCGAGAUUGAAUGUC